AUGUCCCCCAACUACAUCCGGAGCUUCUCGGAGGGAUGUCUCAGACCGCCAACAGUAAUUGGACAAUUCCACACUCUUUUUUUUGGCUCAAUUCGAAUGUUUUUCCUUGGUGUUUUGGGCUUUGCUGUUUAUGGAAAUGAGGCCUUGCAUUUCAGCUGUGACCCAGACAAGAGAGAGGUUAAUCUUUUCUGUUACAACCAGUUCAGACCUAUAACUCCUCAGGUAUUCUGGGCAUUACAGCUGGUGAUUGUACUGGUGCCUGGGGCAUUUUUUCACCUUUAUGCUGCUUGUAAGAGCAUCAAACAGGAAGAUAUUCUCCAGAAGUCAUCCUACACUGGGUUUUAUAUCUUCUCUGUUUUCUUAAGGAUUGUCCUUGAAGUUGUGGCUUUUUGGCUUCAGAUUCAGCUUUUUGGUUUCAAAGUGAAUGCAAUCUACAUGUGUGAUGUGGGAGCACUUGAUAAAAAGUUUAACAUUACCCGAUGCAUGGUGCCAGAGCACUUUGAAAAGACAAUCUUUCUUAUUGCAAUGUACACAUUUACUGUGAUUACAGUGAUCUUGUGUGUUGCUGAAAUUUUUGAGAUCUCAUGUAGAAGGCUAGGUUUCUUAAAAACUCAGUGA